AUGCCAUUCACGCACCAUGACUAUACGGUCGCGUGGAUUUGCGCGUUGCCACUGGAAAUGACAGCGGCCAAGAUGGUCUUAGACGAAGUUCAUCCCGAUCUGUCUCAGUCCAAAUCUGACCAUAACGCCUACACACUCGGGAGCGUUAGUGGGCACAAUGUGGUCGUGGCCUGCUUGCCGUCGGGCGUUUACGGAACCACGUCUGCAGCAGUCGUCCUCGCUCACACUCUUGAAACGUUCCCUGCUCUUCGAUUCGGGUUGAUGGUAGGCAUCGGGGGUGGCGUACCGAGCAAGAACGCCGAUAUUAGACUAGGCGACGUAGUCGUCAGCAUGCCAACCGCAACCUCUGGAGGCGUGAUCCAGUAUGACUAUGGGAAGACAAUUCGGGAUGGAUGUUUUGAACGCACUAGGUCACUCAAUAAGCCGCCGCAAUAUGUGCUGACUGCAAUAUCUCAAAUCCGCAGUGACGCUCUAGAUGGUACUACGUUGACUGACGAAAAUACAUCAGAGGCUCUUCAGAGACACCCAAAUCACCAAAAAAGAUUUUCUCGUCCAGACGUGGACUGGUUAUUUCGGGCCGAUUACAAUCAUAGCGGCAAGAAUGCCGACUGCUCAGAAUGUGAUCAGUGCCAACUAGUCACGCGCCCAUCACGAGAGGCAAAUGAGCCCGUCAUUCAUUAUGGUCUGAUUGCGUCUGGCAAUCAAGUUAUGAAAGACGCUAUCCAACGGGACGCUAUUGCGCAGGAGCUGGAUAUCCUCUGCUUCGAAAUGGAAGCAGCUGGUAUAAUGGAUCAGUUGCCGUGUCUAGUGAUCAGAGGAGUUUGCGAUUACUGCGAUUCGCACAAGAAUGAAAAAUGGCAGGGAUAUGCUGCUCUUACUGCUGCUUCUUAUGCUAGAGCUCUUCUAAGAGUAGUACCUCUAUACAGCCAUAGCCAUAACCUCCACAGGAAAGAGAGGCACCACUGGAUGAUCCCAUUUGCUCGAAAUCCUCGAUUUGUGGGCCGUCAACAAGAGAUCGAUCGCCUUGAAAAGCUGAUCUCCAAUACAUCUGGCCCGACCAAGAUCGCUAUUCACGGACUAGGGGGGAUUGGAAAGACACAGAUCGCACUCGAGCUGGCUUACAGCAUACGACAAAAAUUUCCCGAGUGCUCCAUAUUCUGGAUUCCAUGUAUCAGCUACGAGAGUGUGGAACAGAGUUACUUGACUAUCGCUUCAGCCCUUGGCAUCUCAACCACAGAGCCGGCUAAGGCGAAAGAACAAGUAAAAUUCCAUCUCAGUCAAGAAAGUGCUGGGAAAUGGCUUCUAAUUUUUGACAACGCCGAUGAUAUGGAAAUGUGGAUCAAGGGAAGCACGACUGCACCACCACUCAAAAACCUUCUCCCUCGCAGUGGGAAUGGUCACAUUCUCUUCACUUCUCGUAACCGAAAACUAGCAGUCAAAAUAGCGGCACUCAAUGUUCUAUCUAUCCCUGAUGUGGAUCAAAGUACUGCCAUGGAUAUCCUGGAAAGAUCAGUUAUCCAGACUGAUCUGUUGUAUGACCAGAAUGGAGCUAAUACGCUUCUGGAGCAGCUUAGUUUUCUCCCCCUUGCAAUCAGUCAAGCUGCAGCUUACGUCAAUGAAAAUAAUAUCUCUUUAUCUCAAUAUCUGGCGCUUUUGAAAGAAAAGGAGAUAAGCGCAGCUGAGAUUUUAAGUGAGGAGUUUGAAGAUGAUGGACGAUACGCUGAAACCCAGAAUCCAGUGAUUACUACUUGGCUGAUAUCUUUCCAACAAAUCCAGCAAUUAGAUAGUCUAGCAAUAGACUAUUUAUCGUUCAUAGCUUGCAUCAACCCACGAGAUAUACCUCAGUCAAUUCUGCCACCUGCACCCUCGACAAAGAAAAGGGUAGAUGCAUUGGGCCUUUUAAAGGCGUAUUCCUUUAUUAGUGAACACGCCUAUACUGGCUCAUUCAGUCUUCAUCGACUGGUGCAUCUGGCCAUGCGAAACUGGAUGAGAAAAACCAAGAUUAUAGAUCGUUGGGUGCACAGAGUUGCACAACAAUUGGAUGAAUUAUUUCCUGAUGAUGAUCAUAACAAUCGAGAAUUGUGGAGAGAAUACUUAUCCCACGCAUUGUAUUUGACAAACAGCGAAGAGUUCCAUCAGUUUAGACUUGAAUAUGUUGGAUUUACCUCAAGGGUCGCAAGGUCGCUAGAAAAUGAUGGGAGGUACGACGAGGCCAAUCAUCUACUUACUGGAAAUCUAAACGACAGCGAGAAAGCUCUAGGGCUAGAGCAUCCCAACACUCUUGGUAGUGUUGACCAUCUUGGUUCUGUGCUUGCCCAACAGGGUAAAUAUAAAGAGGCUGAAGCUAUGCAUCGACGAGCACUAGAAGGCUGUGAAAAAGCUGUAGGGAUAAAGCAUCCUCAUACUCUUAAGAGUCUUAGUCAUCUUGGUUUCGUGCUUGCACAACAGGGUAAAUAUGAAGAGGCUGAAGCUCUGCACCGACGAGCACUAGAAGGCCGUGAGAGAGCUCUAGGGAUAGAGCAUCCUGAUACCAUUGCGAGUGUUGGUCAUAUUAGUUUCGCACUUACACAACAGGGUAAAUAUGAGGAGGCCGAAGCUAUACAUCGACGAGUAUUAGAGGGCUGUGAAAAAGCUCUAGGGAUAAAGCAUCCUCAUACUCUUAAGAGUCUUAGUCAUCUUGGUUUCGUGCUUGCACAACAGGGUAAAUAUAAAGAGGCUGAAGCUAUGCACCGACGAGCACUAGAAGGCUGUGAAAAAGCUCUAGGGCUAGAGCAUCCUGAUACCCUCACAAGUGUUAGCUAUCUUGGUUUCGCCCUUGCACCCCAGGGUAAAUUCGAGGAGGCUGAAGCCAUGCACCGACGAGCACUAGAAGGCCGUGGGAGAGCUCUAGGGCUAGAGCAUCCUGAUACCCUCGCGAGUGCUGGCCAUGUUAGUUUCGUGCUUGCACUACAGGGCAAACAUGAGGAAUCUGAAGCUAUACACCGGCGUGUACUAAAAGGUCGUGAGACAGCUCUAGGGCUGGAGCAUCCUGACACUCUUGCUAGCGUUAACAACCUUGGUUUGCUGCUUGAACGACAGGGUAAAUAUGAAGAGUCUGAAGCUAUGCACCGACGAGCAUUAGAAGGCUAUAAAAAAACUCUGGGGCUAGAACAUCCUUACACCCUUACUAGCCUUAAAGAUCUUGGUUCUGUGCUUGCCCACCAGGGUAAAUAUAAAGAGAUUGAAGCUAUGCACCGAAAAGCCUUAGAAGGCAGUGAGAAGCCUCUAGGGCUAGAGCAUCUUGACACUCUCGCUACUGAUAGCAACCUUGCUCACUCACAUGAAUCACUUGAGCCGGUUCAAGAUGUAUCAGCUGCGCCAUCUGGACAAGCAUUUCCUAUCUUGGCUGGAAGCCAAGAUAGAUCAGGAACUGCUGCUCAGAGAUCUCUUGGAUACUACACUCUUUUUGGAUCCUCUCAGAGUACCCACGCUGUGCCGCGACAUUGUGACAUGGAUGAAGUAGAUUGA